ACUUAAUUCUUGUUCCUGUUUCCCCUUUUCUCUUUCAAUUUACACUUUGCGCACACACAAUGACAGCAGAAGCCAACGUAAUUAGCAAUUGGUUUCGAACAAAAGAUGGCCAUGAGCUCUACACAAAAACUUGGAAAUCAACGAAUCAGCCACCCACUGCAAUGUUAAUUUUGGUGCAUGGUUUUGGCGAACAUGUCGGAAGGUACGAUAGAAUGUUUACAUAUUUUGCUCAACAAGGCAUCGAAUCCACUGGUUUCGAUCAACGUGGUUGGGGCGAAACAGCAAAAAAGACCUCUCUUUUCGGCAAUAAUGGAGGGUACGAAACUGCGUUGAAGGAUAUUGAUGAAACCAUCAAAAGCAUUAAAAGAGAAGAAAUUCCACUUUUCUUAAUGGGACACAGUAUGGGCGGUGGUCUCAUUUUAAACUAUCUAGCCAGAGGGGACACCUUUGAAGGUGUAAAACUACUUCGAGGAGCUAUUGCAUCUGCGCCCUUAGUUACAUUAUCAAUGCCAGUACCUGCUAUAAAAUACUAUCCACUUCAAUUUCUCGCCAAAUUUCUACCUAGUAUUACUAUAAAAGCAGGUGUGGAUCCUGCUGGAAUUUCACAUGACGAAGAGGAGAUACAAAAAUAUAAAGAUGACCCGUUGGUUCACGAUUAUGCAACUUUAGCCACAUUGAAAGGAUUCCUUGAUGCAGGAACGGAUCUUUUGAAAAAAUCAUUACCAAAAUCAAUUAAAACGCCUAUAUUAUACUCUCAUGGUGAUGCGGACCCUAUCAACUCUUUUAACGGAUGCUCAGAUGCUUUCGAAAUGACUAGCAGUGAAGACAAGGAAUUGAAGAACUGGAAAGGAUUAUACCAUGAAUUGCACAAUGAGAAAAUGCCAGAAAGGCAGCAGGUCACUGAUUAUUAUGUUGAAUGGAUGAAGAAACGCUGUUAGCCAGAAGUCCCAAGAAUAGUUGUUGUCAUGCCUCUGGAUUAAGAAAAUGAUGAACUACCCUACUUUACCUGUUACUGAAAUUGCAUAGCCCAAAUACUUGUCUAACGAUACCUUUUCCCUAUAUUUCCUAUUCCUCACUUAUGCUAAUAAAAAGCCUCUAAAGAUAGUUUGUUCUCUUGCUAUAGCUUUAACCGUUCAAUCAAAUGGUAGUAUAGGGGUAGUAGCAUUAUAUCAAACGGAUUUGAUGAGGCAAUCAACAUCCAAAGGGUUAAAAGGCAACACAUAAUAAUUAACAUAUAAAUUUACUA